GUUUUCAAUUCUGUGUUUAAAAGCCCACAAUUAUAAUCCUUUUUCCUCCACUCUUAAUUCAUAUUUCCAAUUCACAGAAAUAUGUCGAAGAUUAAUCUCCCAGCUCUCAUCAUCCUUCUUGCAGCACUUGUAACAAUAAUGUCCCUCAUCAUCAUACCAUCCUCUCAAGCUACCACUUCAUGUGAACCCCCACAUCGAAUUGUUUCUCAAGAGCUCGUCGCUGAUCAAAAUAACGAUGAACCAUGUGAAGGACCAGGGAAAGAAGAUUGUCUUAUUCGAAGAACCUUACAGGCUCAUACUGAUUACGUUUAUACUUGUGAUAAUCCAACCGAGCCAUGAACUAUACCGCUCAUAUUUUCUUUUCUUUUCUCUUUUGUUUGAUCAUUACUUACACUUUCAUAUAAUAAAAAUAAACAAAGAUCAUCCGUUUGACGUCAAUUCAAUUUAGUUAUUUUUGGAUAUAUUUUCUUCUUUUUGCUCAUAAAUAAUGCACAUAUUCUUUUUUCCCUAAAACACUUGCAGCCACACACGCGACAGUACAUGCUUCUAAAAAAAGAUUUUCUUCUUCUAAUUCUAUUUUGUUGAGUACAAACAAACUUAACAAAAUAGUAUUCUUUAAUUCAUUCAUACCUAUGGUUACUAUGGUUCUCAUUUGUGUUUGUUUCUUUACAACUUGAUGGUUGAGUUGGAGUUGUGGGAUUCAAUCUCACCCUUUUUAGAUGUAACUUUUAUUCGUAACUUCACAAUAAAUUUAAAAACAAUUAAUAAGGCUCCACUUCCUACACAAUUAAUAAGGCUCCACUACUACCACAACUACCCACAACUAGGCAGAGGCAGUGAUGCUCGAAACUAACGUGAAAGAGAGCGUACAAACAAAUUUGAGUGAUCAAUGGAAGUGGACGACGACUUGCAACCCACGAUUGGAAAAUGGGGAGUCACGACUUAGCAAGAAAAUAGAGAUCUGAACGGCACAAGUUGAAGCCGUGCGUGGAUAAGAUUGUGGCUCGACUGACGCAAAACAAAAGGCAAAACGGCGAUGAAUGAAGUCAGAUUUGGUCUGUCGAUAACGUUCAAUGCCACGCGAAAUGGAGACGCAUCGGCUGAGUGACGCAACGCCUUAAGUAACGUCAGGUGGAGAAAAAUGCGUAAACGAGACGUUACAGCUUUGGUGACCGGUGUUACAACGACGAAGGCU